CACACACACUCACACGCCAUAUCCUCCACUGCUGCUCAGACAACUUCAGAAGACGCUGGAGUGAAAACAACUAAUUUGGACUCUUUUGGAGGCUGUGAACUAACUCGGAUGAAGGGCUCAUGUCUACUGUGUUCGUGAUGAUUGUGGAGCACACGGCAUGGAAAGGAACAUUGGAGACCAGCUCAACAAAGCUUUCGAAGCUUAUCGCCAGGUCUCCAUCGAGAAGGACAAUGCAAAAAAAGAGCUGCAGAAAAUGACUGAAUAUUACGAGGGAUACACUCAAACACUUCAGAAGCAGAUAGAGGACCAGCAGCAGAUGAUUGUAAAACUUCAAGUGAAGUUGACAUCGAUGAGGCCACCAUCAGCAGAUGAGAUGAAAUGUGAGCCCUGCAACCAUCUCCUCGAUGGGGCCAGUGCCUAUAGGAUAACACAGUACCCGGAGAAUAUGGGCCCUGUUGCUGUUUCUUCAAAAUUACCAGUCAACAGCAGAGUUGACAACAAGGACAUGCUGGACGUAUUUGAAGCAAUUCAAGGGAAAUUUCGGCAGAUUCGGUCUCUAACACAAAGACAAAAAGAUCACCUGAAAAGAUUCCAUGGAGGAAACGAAACAUCAAAUGAUCAUCAGUUCUCCAUGCCCAUCCAGUGCACGGACCGUACAGCAGAGGCAGGGGGACUCUUACCCUCAGUGCUCAGGUCAGCAGUGGAUAUCCCCCCCCAGCCCAAGUCGCUGGCGUCCCGCGGCGCCAGCCCUGAGGACCGGGACCUAGUAGACUCUCUCACCAAACUGAGUGUCAAAUUCCCGCCCUCUGCAGACAGUGAAUAUGACUUCCUGAACAGUGCCCCAGACAGACACUUUGGUCUCAUGAUGCCCCUGAAGCCACCGCUCAGUGGUGACCCGUCCGCACUGACAGAGGAGGAGCCCGUGGAACUGCCCAUGCCUUUUGUCUACCCUCCGGCCCCCUCCCACUCCACAUCAUCUUCGCUCUCCCAGGAGAGUGUGCGGGGACCCCAGCAGCCUCUCUGGAGCCCUGAGCUGUGUGAUGCAGUUGACGUGGGGACAGAGCUGGCGACGCCUCAGAGCAGCAGUCCUGAUAAUUGCGCUUUCUGCUACGCUGUGGUUCCUCAGGACCAAAUGAACAGCCACCUCUACUUGCAUUUCUCUCCUAAGAGUGAAGACGACAAUUGACAGUGUAAGCAGACUGAUGGGCCCUGGCCUUUACUCCUCCAAAGACUUUACUGUACCUGUGGUCUGCCCGACCGCCAGGAAGCACACGCGCUGUGCUGGAUUUGAAAAGACACUGCAAUAGGACUUGGAUCCAUUUAUUUAAUUUUGAAGAAUUGAAUGGUACACUUCUUUACCCAAUAUAUUUUUCUAAUAACUUGUUGAGAUUUUACGAAAGCAAGUGAUGAUGAUGCAUAACAUGGUAUAUAUGAGCAAAUAAAACCGAUAUUUACUCUUUCAA